AGAGAGAAACAGACAUGUCAGGAGUUACAGUACCAUUCUGAAAAAUGACAGGAAUAAUCUACACCUGUUAAACUUACAGACCUUCUGAACUUUCUUCCCACAAAAGCUCAAAUGCAGACUUUUAAAUAUGUUCUUUUGCAAUCAAUGGACAAGAACAGUUAGGACUAAAUGAAGGAAGGGCACCAAUGCUAAACUGGCAAAAAUCAAGCUGAAUUUAAUUGAAUUUAAUCUUCAAUAAGUAAAAUUGUGAUUCAUCUACUCUUGCCUCCUUAGGGCAGUUUUGUUAUCCACAUUUUAAAAAGAAGCCAAAGUUGUCUGAAAAUGUCUGGUUUACUGUACAGCCAAUGAAAGAGUUUGGAUUGCUGAAUUCAAUAUAAGUCAAUGUGCUCCCCUCUUCAAAGCAGAGUUGAUAGCACAGACACAGAAGAGAGCUGAUAUAUCCAAGAAGGCAAAUACCUAUUGACAAGAAGCCCCAGGGAGGUCCUUUAGCCUCUAGGUCCUUAGGAGCAAAAUGAAGCUAAUAAUAAAUCUCGGUGCAAAAGGACUGUUCUGUGGCCUUGCAGUUGUAUAAUCCCCACAUAGAAAGCCCCAGUGAGCAUAAGUGGAAAGGAAUGUUCUUAACACUGCCUCUUCACAAGUCUUCUCGUCUGUUCCUCCCUAGAGCUGAAGAUCCUGCAGCUCCCAGACAAGAGCCACAGUCCCUAGAAAGAAAGCAGACAGCCUGCCUUUAUAAAUGGAAGCAUGCAGCUGUGUUCCCCUCGAGAGAAAGGCAUCAAUUUUAUUCCAAACUGUGGAAUGGAGUCUAAUUAUACAGGGCAGGACACUGAGACCCUAUAGCAAGUGUCCUAGAAAGAGACCCUUCUCAUUCAACUGAAUAAGGGGCCUUCAACCCUUUCCACUGGCAAACCAUUAUUGCCCCGGCUUAUUAGAAAGCCCCCCUCCACAAUCCUAUAGACCCUUUUCCACGGCAAGCAAAGGGAGGUCUUAGAAUCACAGAGCCGUUACUAUGGCAGCCGUCCAUCUCACCCCCUCUCCCACCGUUAUGGAAUUAUCUCUUUCUGAAAUGUCCUGUUGUGUCUGUAACACCAAAUUUCCCCUCCCUUUUGGCAACUCUCUGCAAGUCCUCCAAGAGAGGCAGAAGGCUCCAAAGACUCAGUGUAAAGGCAGAAGUUCAGAGCAAAAGAGAAACACUUUUAUGAGCAGAACAACAUUGGAAUAUUCAUAACAACAAUAGCUACUCCCUUUUCCAAGAACUCAGCUGGAAUGAAAACUGCCUUUCACAACAAGUGCGUUAUCUAUCCUCCUCCUAUGCCAGCAAGAUGAUAGUGGACUAUCGUAAGGAACAGGGCUCUAUAUAGUACAGCUCCCCCUGCUAACGAAUCUGCCACUGUCUGUGCCUUCUGGACCAUCAGGCAGUUUUCAGCCUUGCUAAAUUUCCUAAAUUUACUGGCAACACAAGGAGCCAACAAGAAUUUCUACUGGCCAUAUCCGUAAGAUUACAAGCAGUAAGAGGUUCACAUUUCAAGACCUGCAGUGAGGAAUGAACAGUCAAGCAGACACUUCAGGCCUGUUCUUCAACGCUUCCCUGGAAAGGUCAGAGCAAUGUGGCAAAGAGACUCAUACGGAGAACAUCCUUUUCUUUACUUUCUACCUUCUGGAUUUCAUCCUAGCCUUUGUUGGCAAUGCUUUGGCUCUUUGGCUUUUCAUCCGAGACAAAAAGUCAGACUCCCCAGCAAACAUCUUCCUGAUGCAUCUUGCCGUGGCCGACCUGUCUUUUGUGCUGGUCUUACCUACUCGGCUGGUAUACCACUUUUCAGGCAACCACUGGCCAUUUGGAGAGAUCGCAUGCCGGCUCACAGGCUUCCUCUUCUACCUCAACAUGUAUGCCAGCAUCUAUUUCCUCAUGUGCAUCAGCAUAGAUCGCUUCCUAGCUAUCGUGCACCCUGUAAAAUCCCUCAAACUCCGCAGGUCACUCUAUGCCCACUUGGCCUGUGCUUUCUUGUGGGUUCUAAUUGCUGUGGCCAUGGCACCUCUUUUGGUCAGUGUGCAGACCGCCGAGAUGAACAAUACCACCAUCUGCUUACAGCUGUAUAGAGAGAAGGCAUCCCGUCACGCUCUUGUAUCCUUGGCUAUAGCAUUUACUCUCCCCUUUGUCACUACAGUGGCCUGCUACCUACUGAUUAUACGAAGCCUAAAGAAAGGGAACCGAAUUGAAAAUCACCUAAAGGAGAAAGCCAUCAAAAUGAUAAUCAUGGUACUUACAAUCUUCCUGGUCUGCUUUGUGCCUUAUCAUAUCAACCGCUACAUUUAUAUCCUAAAUUAUGAUGGCAUGAAGACUUCCUGUGAAAUGCAGCGGAUUCUGGCCCUUGGUAAUCGCAUUACAUCCUGUCUCACCAGCUUAAACGGUGCCCUAGAUCCCGUCAUGUAUUUCUUUGUCGCUGAGAAGUUCCGAGAUGCCCUGUGUGGCAUGUUUUGCAGCAAAAGGGCUACAAGGCUGCCUUCAAGUUAUGACGGAAAAACAAAUGACAGCUCCUUAAGUGCUAAAUCUGAACUGUAAAAAAUGUGGCAGCGGCUACUGUUUUAAAAAGACAUUCCCAACCAGCACAACUGACAAAUCCUCUAGACUGCAACACAGUAAUUCAGGUAGCAUAACAGCCAGAUUUCAUACUUUGUUCUUGGGAACACAAAAACAACAGACUGGAGGGAGAGCGAAUGAAAGCCUUAGAAGAUUUACCUUUUCCAAAAUCCAGUGGGCUCAAGCCAGCCAAGGCAGGAGGGCACCCUCCCUUUCUUUUUUCUUCUCAUGACUAGUUCUUAAACAACCUCACCAAUCUACUGUAGACUGGCACAGGUGGGGAGUCUGAACCAGAGACCUCUCAAAGGAAGGAAGAAGCUUUGGAUCCAGUGGAUUCUAGCUAAACCAUCUCCAAAGUCCCCUACUUUGGGUUGUAGAACUGGUAGAGAUUCCGCUGGUGGUAUAUCUACACCUAUAGAGUUUUUCAUGGGCAUACUGUAUGUGGUGCUCCCUGGAAAUGGGCCCUCCUCGGCUACAGCUCCUCUUCAUGAGAGGUACAUCCCAUCCUAUUCUAAUUCCUCCAGCCAGAGACUCUGGGGCUGUUUCUCACAGUGACUUCGGCAUGGCUCUCAUCCCCAGGGAACUCUACUUUCAGGGUAUGAAAUAUCAUUGGCUUUACAGUAUAAUACUGUGCUUCUUACUGCCUGAUAUGAAUAAGAAUUGAAUAACCAGGAAAUUAAGAAAGAAAUGAAGUUCUCAUAAUUAUGACUGUACUGUAAAACAGACAAACUGAUAAACAGCUGAAGCAAAUAUCAGUCUGCUAUGACAUCAAAUAAGCAGACAGUAUAGCUACAAUUCAAUAAUUUUGAUACAUAUAUAAUUGCUCUCUAGUCCUAUUCUGUGCAUUCCUGGGAGAUUUUUCCAAUGAAUUCAGCUUAAAGCUGGGGGGGGGGCACUAAGAAAAGUAUUCACCAUCGGGUCUACAGAGCUUUGGGCAAUUGUGAAUAUAGAUUUUAGAAUGAAUUCUACAGUGGAUCUACCACAGCUGCAACAAAGGAAGAACACUUGGAUUCUCUGCACAACUGAACUCUCUCACUCCUGACCUUCUGACCAGGCAAUGCACUGAACAGAAUAUGAACACAACAUUAUAAUUUAUAGCAUUUCUUGGGCUGUAGGUAUCAUGUUCAUUGACAGGUUUAGAAGAAUGAUUCAACAGUUCCUUUUUUUAAAAGCAUGAAUGUUUAUGUGUAUGCACCAUGUAGGUCAGACCUGAGCAAAGUGCAGGCCGAGGGCCACAUAUGGCCCACAAGCCGCUCCUGUCUGGCCCACCGGACAUCAAAACCAUU